AUGGCGAUGAUGGCAGCAUUUGCGGCUUCUACUCCUUUACCAUCAGAUUAUGUUAAAACCGAUUCUCGAAUGCUUUUCUCUUUCCACCCAGGGAAUACUUCGUUUCAAAGAGGUUAUUUAAGAGUGGGAGAAUCAACAGUAUCCGGCACCCUUCAUAUCAGGUUUCCACAAGCA